CGGAGGCUGCGGUGGCUCCCUGGGUGGCCGGGGACCCUGCCGGCCGCGAUUGCCGCGCCUAGCCCCGCCGCCACCAUGAGCCUGGGCACGGAGGAGUCGCCUUCGGAGACGGGAGAUGACAGUCUGUCUGCAAUCGCCUUUGAUUCUGACUUUGAGACGAAAGCCAAAAGGAAAGGUUUUCACAGGCCUCCGCCCGCAUCUCCAAAGUCACCGUACUACUCCAAGCCGAGGAAGGUGGCAUCCUGGCGGUCUCUCAGGACAGCGGGGACCAUGCCUCUGAGCAGUAGGGUGUCCCUGACACCCCAGAAGCUAUGGCUGGGAAGUGCAAAGCAAGGAGGUGGGACCCAGCCCCUGCACUCCACACCCACCCAGGAGCACGCGUGGACCCUCCCCCCCAGCAGCACCCCUGACCACCUGGCGGAGGCCGUGAGAGUGAGGAGGUCAGACCUCAGGCGUUCUGCCAGCAACGGUCACGUUCCUGGGAUUGCUGUCUGCAGAGAGAAGGAGGACAUGUGCGACGAGAUAAUCGAGCUGAAGAAGUCACUACACAUGCAGAAAAACAACGUGGACCUGAUGAGGACCAAGCUGCGACGCCUGGAGGAGGAGAACAGCAGGAAGGACCGGCAGAUUGAGCAGCUGCUGGAUCCCGGCCAGGGCUCGGAGUUUGUGCGGACGCUGGCAGAGAAAAGGCCGGACACUGGUUGGGUCAUCACGGGGCUCAAACAGAGGAUCUUCCGGCUGGAGCAGCAGUGCAAGGAGAAGGACAGCACCAUCAGCAAACUCCAGACGGACAUGAAGACCACCAACCUGGAGGAGAUGAGGGUUGCCAUGGAGACGUACUACGAGGAGAUCCACCGUCUGCAGACUCUGCUGGCCAGCUCUGACCCCCCGGGAAAGAAGCCCGCAGCGGAGAAGAAGCCGGGCAUGAGGAAGCAGAAGAUGAACAGUGCCCUGCUGAACCUGUCCCGCAGCGUCCAGGAGCUGACGGAGGAGAACCAGAGCCUGAAGGAAGACCUGGCCCGUGUGCUGAGCAACUCGCCCACCGUCUCCAAAACCAAGGGUUACGUGGACUGGAGCAAGCCCCGGCUGCUGAGACGCAUCGCAGAGCUGGAAAAGAAAGUGAGCUCGCUGGAGAGCCUGAAGCCGCACGCUGCAGAGCUGCACAGACUGUGUCCCCUGGUCCACUCGGCCUCCAGCACCGCGGUGCACAAGCCGCCCAAAGCGGACCGGGCCGAGAACCCCGAGCACCUGCAGCACCUGCGGGGGACGGUGAAGAGCCUGAAGGGGGAGCGGAGCUGGCUGCGCGCACAGCUGAUGGAGAGAGACAUGGAGGUGAAGCAGCUGCUGCAGACCAAGGCCGACCUGGAAAAGGAGCUGGGCAGCGCCCGGGAAGGCGAGAGGGCACGGCAGGAGCAGGAGCAGGCACUGACGGAGGAAAUUCAAACCCUGACCAACAAAUGUCAAGAAUUGGAAGAAAGCAAGAGAGAAGAGAGAGCACCUCGGUCAGACGUUAAGAGAGAGGAGAGAGGCAGCGCCGUGGACGUGGCUCCCGAGGUGGUGUGUGUGGAGGGUCCGCGGUUCUGGAUGAGCCAAGGUCAGGCCCCCGGAGAGCCCCGCACGCCCUUGCCCUGCAGCGAGCUCCCGCAGCCCGACUUGGAGCCGGAUUCCCACAGCAAGGAUGGCCAGGCCCCUGGCCCCUGCCCCGACUGGAGGAGAGAGGCUGCCGCCAGGACCCUGCAGGCCCGGUGGAAGGCGCACCAACAGCAGAAAAAGGCUGUUCUGGACGAGGCGGCCGUGGUGCUUCAGGCAGCCUUCCGGGGACAUCUAGCCCGAGCCAGGCUGUUAUCAGGCAAAGCCCGUGGUUCCUCCCCUCCGUGCCCACCGGGCGUCCCAGAACAGAGCUCUUCCCCGUCCUGCAUCCCAAGCCCGGCGUCCCAGGCCAAGGGCAACCCAGAACAGGAAGAGGUCAUCACUAUCAUCCAGUCUGUCUUCCGGGGAUUCCUGGCCCGGGCCAGGUACAGUGCCACCAGCACAGGGACAGCCACCGCUGCAUCUCCGAGUACAGCCGCUGAAGUCUCACGCCCAGCGCCCUCCCCGGCCCCCCUCGUAGCGUCUCCUGAUAAGGACAGCAAAGCAAGUGGCGAUGAGGCUGUGGAGCUGGAGGACAAGGACGAACCCAGGGAGACAGCAGGCCCACAGCUGCGCUCUGCAGAGCCCUCUCCCCUGGGGCUGCAGCCCGUGGUGUCCCCUCCUGUGGACGAAAUCAACUCUGAUGACUCUGACGACAUAAUCGUGGCGCCAUCUUCACCCGCGAGGAAAAACCCUCUCCCUCCCCGGCCCUAA